AUGUUAUUCCACUCUCUUCUCGCACUUCUCUUUGUCCCUCUCGUUGCAGCAAAUCCUGUGCCUAGCAAUGAGACGUCAAUCAUUCCUCGCAAUGAUACCUCCAUUCGAAAACGCCAGUUCAUAUCUGCUAAUGAUCUGGACAUUGGUGGCUGCAAAGACGUCAUGUUCAUCUUUGCCCGUGGCUCGACAGAGAUAGGCAACAUGGGCUCCGUCGUCGGACCAGAAGUUUGCGUCGCCCUGAAAGGUAAUUUGGGAGCAGACAAAGUCGGCUGUCAAGGAGUGGGAGGCGCAUACACAGCUGGUCUAGUAGAGAAUGCUCUACCCCAAAGCACUGCUCCUCAGGCUAUUUGGGCAGCGACAAGCUAUUUCAAAAAGGCCGCUAGCAAGUGUCCCAAUAUGAAGAUUGUGGCGGGUGGAUAUAGUCAAGGAUCGGCCGUCAUCGAUAACUCAGUGCAAUCGCUCUCGUCUGAUAUCAAAUCCAAAGUUGUCGGAGUCGUUCUCUUUGGAUUUACUCGCAACUUCCAGGACCAUGGGCAGAUUCCAAACUAUCCCAAGGACCAGGUGAAGGUAUACUGUGCUCUCGGAGAUUUGGUCUGUGACAACACCUUAAUCAUUACUCCGUCCCAUCUUACCUAUGGAAUCAAUGCUGGUGAUGCGGCGAGUUUCCUGGCCUCCAAGGUGAAGAGUAGCAGCUGA